AAUGCAAAUCUUGUUUUUAAGUGAUCCAAAUCUUAUUUUAAUUGAUGUAAAGCGAAUCAGCGAAAUAAAUUUUCGUCAUACAGAAGCGCCAAAUGAAAUAUUUCCCGGCAAACACCGCGCGCGAGAAUAUUCGAAAACCAAAAAAGAAAAGAAAAAAAAAAACACCAACAUGCCCCAAUCUCUCCUAUUAAUCUCAAUUCCCGCUGAUUUUCAUCUCUUGAAAAAUCCAAAUCUCAUUUUCCAAAAACCCAAAAGAAACAAAAAAUGGAUAUCUCAGAGAUCGCAAAGAAACUCGGAUUCUCCGAUUCCAAACUUCUCAUCCGUAAAGCCGCCGAACUCCGUCGCCUCUGCGAUGUUCAUUUCGAUUCCUCCAUCAUCGGCGUCGGUGAGGUUGCGAAAGCUAUCAUCUGUUUGGAAAUUGCCGCAACUAGGCUCGGUGUUCUCUUCGAUCGAUCCGCUGCGGUGAAACUAAGUGGAAUGUCUGAAAGAGCAUAUAUUAGAUCCUAUAAUUCACUUCACAAUGGCAUCGGAGUCAAGUUGAAGCUAGAUGUGAGAGAAUUGGCGAUUCAAUUCGGUUGUGUUCGGAUUAUACCUUAUGUUCGUGACGGUCUCAAGCUUUAUAAGGAUCGGUUUCUUUCGUCGUUGCCGGCUGCUCGCCGUGCUAGUGCUGAUUUUACUCGUCCGGUGUUUAUGGCUGUUGCUUUUUAUUUAUGUGCAAAGAAACACAAGCUCAAAGUUGAUAAGAUUAAGCUAAUUGAACUCUGUGGUACAUCUGAAGCUGAAUUUUCCAGUGUUUCUACUACUAUGAAAGAUUUGUGCCAUGAUGUUUUUGGGGUAGCUAAAGAAAAGAAAGAUCCUAAAGAAGUUAAGACCAAUAGAGAUUUGCUUGAUGUCUUGCCAAGCAAAAGAAAAGCUGAGGACGGUGGCUAUUUGUCUGAUGAUGGAGCAGAGGUUUCAAGUUAUAAAAAAAGGAAACAGACAGAAACACGUGAUUAUGAGAAGUGGAAAUCUUCAGUCCUUACAUCCAACAAACAAGAUAAGAAAGAAGUGCCUAGCAAGAAACCAAUACAGACUCGCCUCAACUUUGUUAAGGAAACUCCUGAGAUCCAGAAGUUGGAGGCAAUGUAAGAUGGUAUUGCUUGAUUUGCUUUAUAUAAGCUGGUUCAGGAGGAAGUUCAGUACAUUAAAAGACAAAGCUAUCAAAGGAUGAAUAUUUGCACUAACCUAUUUACCAACAUAAAAGAAGUGUUCUAGUUAAUUAUUCUUACAUAUAUGGUUCUCAAUUUUGUUACAAGUUGUCUUUUGGGGAAUUGCCAAAGCAUUAAUCAAUAGCAAGAACUCUGUACAGACUGUCACUUUUUUUUUAUUUUUUUUAACUUAUUGGUAUUUUGGCUUCAAAGUGAGUCACUUAUAUUUGUUAAUUUUCUGGUAUAGUAAAUCUGUAAAUUAAUGUUU